CACGCCACUGUUCUCUGACCUCUGCUCAUAGACUGUUCUCCUUCCACUGGUCUCUUUCCACUCAACCUCUUUUCAUCUUCCCCUCUGACCUUUGGUCCACUUCUCAAACAUCCCUAAUCCCUUUUCCUCGCUUUCUCUCGCCUCCUCGCUACCAUCCUCCAUGAAUCAAUCUUAAUUUGUUGCCUUGGUGUCACGGAAACCCCCUCGCUCCUCUGAUCCUCAUCCUGAUUGGUCAACAGCAAGUAACACAGAACCUGAGUCUUUCCCAGCCUUUUUUGAACCAGGAUCAACUUUAAAGUCAAGCCGAAACGCAACCUGUCACCCACCUUUCUUGUUAUCCCCACACCCCUUUAGCCAUCACCCAUUAUUCUCAUUUCUCCCUGGUUUUCUUUGACCCGAGUUGCCACCAUGCUGGAGAAAAUGUCCAGACGUAACCGUUCCCUGCUGUCCCUCUCCCUCACCUCACUGGCCCUCACCUUGUCUGUCUCGGCUUUCUGCACCUCCUAUUGGUGUGAGGGAACCCACAAGGUGGUGAAACCACUCUGUCUGUCACCGGUCAAGAUGAAGAACUGCGGGCAGAACAACAGCCAGCCGUACACCACAGAGGCCCCCACCCCGGACCCCAGGAACCCGGCCUCCAACGUGACGCUCUCGCCCAUGCAGAAGGAGGAACUGGCCAGGAUCAAGAGGAAGCAGAUGGCCAAUGCCGUCCACUACAUCUGGGAGACAGGCGAGGACAAAUACAUGCUGCGCUACUUCCACACCGGCUUCUGGCUGUCCUGUGAGAAGCACAAUGAAGGUGAUGAUCAGGAAGAAAAGUGUCGCAGCUUCAUUGAGCUGACGCCGGGAGAGACACAAGGCGUCCUAUGGCUGUCAGUCAUCAGUGAGUUCAUGUACAUCGGUCUCCUGGCUAUGGGCUUCCUGCUGAUGUGUGUGGAAGUGAUUUGCCUCUGUGCCAAGAGGGAGAUGAACGCCCUCAAGAUCAACGCCUUCGCCGCCAUGUGCACUGUCCUCUCAGGUAUGAUGGGGAUGGUAGCUCAUAUGAUGUACACCACAGUGUUUCAGAUGACCGUCAGCAUCGGGCCUAAAGACUGGAGACCACAGACCUGGGACUAUGGAUGGUCCUUUGCCAUGGCGUGGCUGUCCUUCAGCUGCUGCAUGGCGGCAGCCGUGGCCACGCUCAACUCCUACACCAAGACCCUCAUCGAGAUGAAGCACCGCGCCCGUGUGAGGCUGGAGGAGGCCCGUGCUGCUGCCCGCGCCCCCUCCUAUGAGGAGGUCGUUCGAGCUGGUGGUGGGGGGGUUUACUCCGUCAGCCAGCUGAUUCAGCUGGGCCAGCAGGGAGCCCUCAUGGACCCCCUGUGGCCCCGAGGAGUGGGCCCAGCCGUCGGACCGUUGGCGUGCGGCGCUGGAGGGGCGCUGCUUGUGGGUGGGGGAGGAAUUGGAGUUGGAGGAAUGGGAACUGUUGGGAUGGGAAUGGGAGGAGUAGUGGGAGGAAUGGGAGCAGUAGGAGGGGUUGGAGUUGGAGGAAUGGGAACUGUUGGGAUGGGAAUGGGAGGAGUAGUGGGAGGAAUGGGGGCAGUAGGAGGAGGAGUUGGGGUGGUUGGAGGAAGGCUGGUGGACCCUCAUGGCAUGGUGGUGGUGGAGGGAUGUGGCGCUGAGGGGUGUGAAGACUGCGAACGGGAAAUGGACGAGAUAGAUUACGCUCUGCAGGAGGAGAGAGAGGACUCACUCUGCUAAAACUGAACUAUGUGAUGGUCUUGACAAACUCUACAUCUUGGACCGGCUUUCCAUAUAUUUAUUUGAAACCACAUUCACAAGACUU